GGUGUUCGACGAAAUUAUUCUUCAGACGUCAUUGAUCACGUGGUGCUGAUAAAGUGAGACUGCUUUGAAUUAUACCGCUUAGCGACUUCAGUACAUGCCUCAGAGCUCCAGUCUCAAACUUAACCACGUUCCUGCUGAAGAAGAGACGGUCGUCUGGAUGGAGAAAGAAGCUCUCGUGAAAGAGGUGGAGGAAGAGGAGGCUGUUACAAUACAAAAACAAGUAGAGGUUGAGGCUGUUACCGUGAAAGAAGAGAAAGACGUCUCAGUUAAAGAAGAGGGAGACUCGUUCAGAGUUAAUAAAGAGGGGGACGACGACGUUUCAGUGAACGAAGAGGAGGGGGAGGUGACUGUCACAUCGGAAAAUGAAGAAGAGGAGGAAACUGGAUAUCUGGGCCCGGUUUCCCAAGCGCAUCUUAAGGCGUCCGAUGGUUCUAACGAUGAACCGGCCCUGAUUAACACUAGAGAGAGACCUGACUAUCGUGGAUCCUCUGGGGGGCCUCAACAACCUCAUGAUGGUGACAGGGCAGAGAAGAGUCUCUCCAAAUCAAAACACCUCAAGAAACACCAGCAGAGACCCACAGGGAAGAAAUCUCAUUGCUGCUCUGACUGUGGGAAAGGUUGCAAAUCUUCAUCAGAACUUAAAAUACACCAGAGAACACACACAGGAGAGAAACCUUAUAGCUGUGAUCAAUGUGGGAGGAGUUUUACUACAUCUAGCAUUCUGACAGUACACCAGAGAACACACACAGGAGAGAAACCUUAUAGCUGUGGUCAAUGUGGGAGGAGUUUUGUUCAAGCUAGCCAUCUGACUAAACACCAGAGAACACACACAGGAGAGAAACCUUAUAGCUGUGAUCAAUGUGGGAGGAGUUUUACUACAUCUAGCAUUCUGACAGUACACCAGAGAACACACACAGGAGAAAAACCUUAUAGCUGUGGUCAAUGUGGGAGGAGUUUUACUACAUCUAGCGGUCUGACAUUACACCAGAGAACACACACAGGAGAGAAACCUUAUAUGUGUGAUCAAUGUGGGAGGAGUUUUGUUCAAGCUAGCCAUCUGACUCAACACCAGAGAACACACACAGGAGAAAAACCUUAUAGCUGUGGUCAAUGUGGGAGGAGUUUUACUACAUCUAGUGAUCUGACAUUACACCAGAGAACACACACAGGAGAGAAACCUUAUAUGUGUGAUCAAUGUGGGAGGAGUUUUGUUAAAGCUAGCCAUCUGACUCAACACCAGAGAACACACACAGGAGAGAAACCUUAUAUGUGUGAUCAAUGUGGGAGGAGUUUUGUUCAAGCUAGCCAUCUGACUCAACACCAGAGAACACACACAGGAGAGAAGCCUUAUAGCUGUGAUCAAUGUGAGAAGAGUUUUCCUACAUCUAGCCAGCUGACUUCACACCAGAGAACACACACAGGAGAGAAGCCUUAUAGCUGUGAUCAAUGUGAGAAGAGUUUUCCUACAUCUAGCCAGCUGACUUCACACCAGAGAACACACACAGGAGAGAAGCCUUAUAGCUGUGAUCAAUGUGGGAGGAGUUUUACUACAUCUAGCCAGCUGACUUCACACCAGAGAACACACACAGGAGAGAAACCUUUUAGCUGUGAUCAAUGUGACAAGAGAUACUCUGAUAAAAGAUCACUGAUCAAACAUCAGAAAAUACAUACAUGAAGUUGUUUCAUAAUAUCACUGAAAUAAUGUCACAAUGUAGAAUGUUUUAACAUUGUAGUAGGAGUGUUUUAAUGAUGUCACAAUGUAGAAUGUUUUAACAUUGUAGUAGGAGUGUUUUAAUGAUGUCACAAUGUAGAAUGUUUUAACAUUGUAGUAGGAGUGUUUUAAUGAUGUUCUACCUUAUCGUUUACCCUGUUCAAUUGAUUGCAGCAUGAUAUGGAUAUUAACCUCAGGGGGAAAUCCAGGCUCUGAAUUGAAAGAGUAUUAUUAAACAAAAAGUGACUAACAAAAAAAGAGCUGUGUUCCACUUCCUGUGUUGGUGACCCACUUUAAUCAACAUGCAGCACUUCAAAAUGUAGUGAGCUG